CUUUUUUUGUUGGUUUCGACCAAUUGCCAGGCUGAUACAUGCCGUUUGAAGAACACAGCAUAUUAGACACGAUUAGGAUGCAGCCACGUGUUUGCUUGAUGUUAUUCUGCACCAUUUAACAAUGUUAUCAACUAACACGCAUUGGUCUAGUAAUCAUUAUUACUUCAGUCACUGUUUGCAGCGAGGUUGAUUGUGUAACUCAUUUUAGAAAUUAUGAUAAAUAAAUAGCUUGUAUUACAAAUGUGAUACUCUGCUUUCAAAACGUUACAUAUAAGAUAUAUUUCUUAAAAUGUCAAAUAUUCUAUUCGUUCCAACGGUGUGCUGAAAACAGGACAAUUUGGAAGUGUUUUUGAGGGAAAGCAACAAUUACAGGUUUUCGAGAUCGACUCUACAUAUACGUUCACGAUGUUAUGCUAGAACUAAUGACACUAUUUAUUUGCAGGGGCUGCUAAGCUGACUGUCUUUUUAUAAAAUGAAAGAAAUGGGUCUGAGUCAUUUCACACGACGAGUAUCCGGGUUCUUAAGAUACACAUUAACCGCAAACCUGUCAGUUCUCCUCCCUGUGGGUCAAGAUAACGCAAUAGCUUACACCGGUAAUACCUCUCUUACGAAAAACUCCUUUACGCUAACAACAGAAAAUGACUGUCACUGGUAUAAAUUAUCAAGAUUGUAAAUGCCAAAACUAAGUUCAAGUUCACUCACGACAAGAUCAAGGUCAAAAUUUAAUAUAUUGUUUACUACAUUAGAAUUUAUAGAAGUAUUAUUGAAGAUAAGAGAUAAGAAAAUUGCCACUUUCUUUGUAUUUCAGUUUUAUUUUAGUUUUAAUUUUUAAGGGAAUGCGGAUUUUGAAUAAUUCAAAAAAACAAUAGUUCUAUCCUGGGCAUAUUCUUCCUUCAAAAUGUUUCUUCAAACGGAAUAUUUGAGAAGUUCUUUAUCAAAAAAAUGCAAACGACGUGAUAAAUGUACUUAUUGCGCAUUACAAGGCGAAUAACAAAACAAAAACCAAUAUAAAGUAUCACUGAGAGUAUUAUUGAAAUCGUCGUUGACAGUUUAAAUAAGGUCACUCUAUGUAACUUAAAUAAUUUAAAAUUGAAUAUCUGUCGGCAAUGUUACUUUUAAUUAUCUAUUAACAAAUACAACAUAUCACAAUAUAUGUGAAGGGGUUCAUACUUGCUUUUUAGUCCUCUGUUUAUUUUCCAUUUCCGUUCUCAGUAGAAAUGUGCUGAUGCUCCAUAUGACAGAUUAACCGUAAAAUCGACCAUGAAAGGUUUUUGUUUGAUAAAGGAAAAGGAUGCAGUGCAUCUACUAAAAAGUUUUUUUUAACUUCUCAACUUCUAAGCUAUUACAAAAUGCAUACUAAAUUAUGUACAAUACAGCGUGCAAACAUACAUGUAUAACGUAAAAAUAAAUUGCAUUUAAAUUUAGGAAACUAUAUUUUAUGGGUUUCUCUUGUUCACUAGCAGUUAUCAUUUGACAUGUUAAAAUCUGUGAACGUUUCACAAACCCACUAUAUAUGAAUUUAAUUAAUCUAUCAAUUCCGAUUAUUGCAACAAAGUUAACUACGCAUUGUGCUCUUUGAUUUCUAGUAAGAACCACAUUGUUGUUACAUUUUCACAUAUCAAUUUAAAAUAAAAUAUGCUGAUUCACGUAUUUAUUUGUUUUAUUCCAAGAAUAGCUGUAGUAAAGACAGCAAAACAAAACGGACGUUCAUUAAAAUUCAACAGGGACGCAGAGAAAAUUCCUUGCUUUUAACAAAAACAGGAUGUCUGGCUGUCCCUUUGUUAACGCGGUUGUAAAGUGCACUUCGUGUUUUAUAAACACGAGACAGCCGGUGACCGACUUUUACCUGGACUUCACAUAUGCACAUAUGCGAUGCAUACAUUGUAUUAUGCACAUUAUGGGAUGUACAUUUGUGAUACAUCUUUGCUCAUUAUGCGUUAUUCACAUAUGCACAGUCGUGCUGCACAUAUACUAAGCACAUAUGUUAAACAUCUAUCUAAUUCAUAUAUACGCAUGAGGCCACACAAAUCAUCCAAACAACAAUGAAAGUAUAUUUUGAUGAUUUCUAAGCGGUAGUGUGUUCAACUAGGCCAACCAUGAUAUUUCUACCUGUAUAGUUUUUAUUGUCACAAUUCACUGUUAUGGAUUAGAACAUUACAUUGGCGAACUAUUUCGAGUUGAUUGUAAACAUUUAACGUUUAGAUCAAUGGUCAAAAUGUAUAUAGGUUUAUGAUAUCAGUUUUUAUGCAAAGAUGGCUAGGUGAACUAGAAAGAAUAGUUCAUUGUUGAGAAACAUUUUCCGAUUCAGCCUUUGGUUUAACAAUAUUAUAGUUGGGUAUUAGUACAUCAAUUAUCGAUAAGAACACAUGAAUCAUAAAGUACGACCCAGAGUUUAAGUCAAAGAAAACUAUUUGACUGUAGCACAUUUAACAAAUGUUACAUACCACACCGAACGACACCAUUACCAUUACAACACUACACCUCCAUCAGUGGUAUAGUGUGACCAUUACAAACACUACACCUCCAUCAGUGGUAUAGUGACACCAUUACAACACUACACCUCCAUCAGUGGUAUAGUGCGACCAUUACAACACUACAUUUACAUCAGUGGUAUAGUGUGACCAUUAUCUCUUAAGUUGUCUAUUUUGACCAUUACAUGGCUUCAUUGGGAUAGAUUUUGAUUUAUUGUUUGUUAACUUACAUCAACAUUUGUCAUUUUCCUGGAGAUGUGAAUCAUGUUUCUCUCUCACGUUGGUGAAUCAGAGGAAAUCUUAUGUUUUGGGAAAAAAUACUUGAUUCAUUUUACGCCCGUUUUCUGUCAUACCGUUAAUCAUAGCAAUGUUGAGUGUUUCCAAGUAACUGUGGCAUUCAGUUCAUGUCAGACAUAUAAAAAGUUCGGCAAUCGCUAAACGUGACAGCCAGCAGAACAGCAUAUUACGAAGAGGUAAGUCAUUUUUAAUAUGUAUGUAUAGAUCACAGCGAUUGUAAUGGUACUGUUUUUGAAUAGUGCGUAAGGUCGUUCAAAUUAGAAUAGAUCGUAGAUGGCAAGUGUAACGAUGAAAUAUCUUGUAUAAUUCGUAAUGUGGUAGAUAUAUUUAAAAUAUUCAUGAAAAAAUGCAUUAUUUUGAUUUAAAAUAAUUUCUUCAUGUCAUUUGAAAAAUAUGCCGAAUCGCAAAUAUUUCUAGCUUGAAAAAAACCACCAUAACAAUUGUUAAGUACGGUUUGCAAAACUUUGUUGUUUUAUUGUCAAUUCAAAUUGAAGUGUUUAAACUCAUGAUAAAAUUCAUAAUUUAGACUCCGAUUGUGAACAUUUCCCUUUCUUGAUAUUAAUAUUCCUGAUUACCCAAAUACGGUGUUUGCAUGUCGCGGUCAAUUCAAUAUUCAUCUUAUGGUUGCAAUCUUGAUCUUAUUGGUAAUUAGUUUUCCUUGUGUCAAAUGGGGAUCGCUUUCUUUCAUUAUGCUUACUGGUGUGCCGUGCUUUUUUCUGUCCCUACCAGAGUUUGUUCUUUGAGGACGUGACCUGGCUAAGAUUUGAUCUGGAAUUUUUAUGGCGAGAGUCGCCGAUAAAGCAGACGACACUUGCCUUUCCUGAUAAUUUUGUCUAAUUUUCCUUGUCGUAUUCAAAGGUCUAUGUCCAAGUUUCCUUUGUCCGUAAUAACGGUUUCGUUAACUGAUUGUUUUGUUGUUGUUUUAUGAUGCCUACUGAUUGGGGACGUUUAACAAUAUGUAACAAAAUUCGCUGUACAGAUACAUGUCAUCGUAAUGUUUAGUAAUUAUGUUCUAUUUGAACAGCAAACAGAUACUUGCACUAUGGCACUACGGAACCCAAGACAGUCCACCAACUUGGAGAGUAUACACGAACCUACAUAUAUAUCUACUGCAAGGGUGCUAGCAGUAUGCCUAUGGUUAUUAUGCAUACAACAGCAGAUAAACAUGACCGGCGCCGAACCGCUAUCUGAGUACCUCUGGAAACAGACCGAGGCCAUUAGGAACAAGGCAUUAUACACAAAUUUUGUACAGGGAAUUGCAAAUGGAAGUCUGAAUCCAACAGCGUUUGGGAGCUACAUGGUACAGGACGCUGUCUACUGUUACAAGGCCAAACAAUCUAUCGACAUGUCUGUGAGUCGAGCACCUGACGGAGAACUCAAAGAUUAUUUGCGAAAAGAGUCGACCAAUUAUGAAAGAUACUACCAAGUGUUAUUUUUAAAAUGGCACAUUAUUGACCCAGUGGGUGUCAAUAUGAGCGAGGCCUGCGAGUCGUACGCAGACUACGAAUACCAGAUCGCUGCUACAGAGGACACCAUCUACAUGCUUGUAGCGAUGCUUCCGUGCAUGAAGUUGUGGCCCUGGCUUGGACAGCAAAUGUCAUCGUUUGACCAUGGUGUUUACACAGAGUGGUACAACGCAUACUUCGACCCUCAAUAUGACGGUUAUAAGGCGUUGGACAUUUUUGUUGAUGAAGCUGAUGCCAGUAAGACUAUCAACCGGACGAAAGCUUUACAAGUGUUUACGAGAUGCAUGGAGGGUGAAUACGAGUUUUUCAACUCGGUACAACCCAUGCAAUUACCUACCACGUCACUUCCUGUAGAUGACCACGUCACCUCCGGUUCUGUUUCCUGUACUAGAUGGACAUUAAUAAUCUCAAUGUACAUUGUUUAUGCUGUUAUGUUUUUCACCAACUGUGUUUUUGAAUUGUCUGCCUUUUUGUAAUUGAGCAUAUGUAUCGCUUUGGACAGAUAAUAAACCAAUCGCGUCCUCGUAUUAAAAAUAUGAUUUCAUUUAACACAAUGAUUUUUAUAUAACAACAAUGAUGUCAAUGCAUAACAAAUGCCGUUCGCAACACAAAAGCAAAAACAAAAAAUAAAAACAAAAAUAAAAUCGAUAUGCCAUUUUGUUGGUUCACUUGUUGCACAUUAAAUACUAUUCCACCUUCUAUCUUACUUACGUGUAGGCAUGUCAAAAAGUAGUGUUACUAAGUUAGUUCAUUAUUAGUAGACUACAGACUAGUUAACCUGUACUUUUCUUAUUUAUAUUGGUGUUUUUCUUUUACAUGUACAUUAUUACGCCAUAAGCUAACAAGUCAGUUCACUAGAAGUGUACAAUUUUACACGUAUCCUUGUUCACACGUUUCCAGUCAUGUCUUAAAGACAAAUCUUAACAUGAGUGAUUUUGUUUAUGAAAGUAAAUUGUUUUAAAACACUAGGUUUCCAUUCUGUUUUACAUAAGACAAAAGUCCUCCGCCAAUAGACAGACUUUGUCAUAUUACCAGUUUGGGAACAACUGCGAUAUUAUAAUGUGUAAUACGCGUCAGUGUGUGUUUACUCAACCAGUAUUAACAUUUGGCACUUGUUUGCACACUUAAAAUAUUCAAUUUUCUGUACAUCAUUUUCCGACUUUUUCACAGUACUUGUUUCUAUAUGUGAAACUUUAAAAUGAUUUAAUAAGAAGUAGUUUCAAUACAUGUUGAUAACUUUGCUUACUUAAUAUGAUGUAUAGUAUAUCAUUCAUGUUUAUUACUGUGCUAGAUUUAUUUUUGUUACAAUAUGUUAAGUGAUAAAGUUUAUCGCUAUUACUACAACAGAAGUGUAAAUGGAGGAGUCCGAGACAUAUUUACUGAUAACUUUUUACUAUAACGGAAAUAUGGAAGUUUUUGUUUCGAAAGAUGUAUGAUUUUUUCCUGAAUUUUGUAAGAUCUAAUAAAUGUUAUUUUGAAUUAAAUUACAUUUCUAAUUCAAUGUAGCAGUAUAAUGGGAGUAGUAUUACUCAAAUAAUAAUUGUCGAAACUCGCCUCUCUCGUUAAAUUGAUCAUGCGCAAAAUGCAUUCUCUUUCAAUCUACAUGCUUAUUCAGACUUCAGAAGCUCUGCACAUAUUGAUUUUCUAAUAAAACUUUGAGAACGAAGUUUAAUUAGAAAUUUAUUAAGGGAAUUUUUUUGUCUUUCAUUAUGUUUUAAUGAAAAGCUGUUGAAGCCGUCUGAAAAUCAGAACAUUUAGCGAGCUCCUCCACCUUAUAAGUUGUUUAAGAAUUGGAGGCAGACGCCAUUUUCACGAACGUUACUCAACUAAAGAACUUGAAAAAAAUUCUAUUUUUCUCUGUUCUAUAUUUGUUAUACAGCAUAUUAGAUAUAUUAUACAGCAUCUCAUUUAAUUUCUAUAUAAGAUAUCUCAUAUACUAUAUAAGAUAUAUAUAUUAUAUGGUUUUAUUAAAUUCGGGAACGACAAAGCUCUUUGAAUAAAUGUUAAGUUGGCUUGCAUAUACCUAUUCUGUUGGCUUUCCUAUUUUACUGUUUUACCAGUAUUUGUUUGUCAUAAUUUUCUUAUUUGCUACUAACACAGACCAAGUUAAAUAAACAAUGUGCUUUCUAUAACGAAUACUAUAAAUUCAUAUAAAGUGCCUCCAUUAUAUACCGGUAUAUAUUUGGUUACAGAUAACAUCAGUUGCAUUUCUUCAGUUAACAGACAUCUAGUAUAAAUCUAGUAUUAUUAAUUAUCGAUAAGCAUGUGUAAACGCAUUAAGCAUUAUUAUAUUUUCUUUAUAUGGACAUUGUGGACAUAUCUAUUUUCCAGGUUUAAGAUAUUCUACAGCAUCAAUUCACACGAACAAACAUUUUAUACGCAAAAAGAAAGUACAAAAUAUUUGAAAUAGUAAUAAUAGCGUUACUCAAAUUAUUAUGGUCUUGCAAGUCAUGUUCACCUUUUUCUUUAAGAAAGGUAAGAAGCUUCUUGGCAGAAAGCACCCCACCACACUUUAACCGUCUUAAAAACACACUUGUAAAAACUGUCGCGGAUCUUAGAAUGUCAGAAAGGCAACUAAAAUGAUUUAUCUUUUACAGAAUUAUUUAGGUGAAAGAUAAAUCAACCUAACUGCCGUUCUGAUAUUCUAUGAUCCGCGACAGCUUCUGACCUUUCUUAAAGAAGUGAACAAAAUGUACAAGACCAGAAUAACUUCAGCAAAUGUAAAUUCAUGCAAGCACCUAUGCUGCCUACUACUCCGGUAUCCUCUAAUUAGCCAAUUUUGCAACAUACAUAGCUUAUUUAAGCUCUCUGCUGACAAUAUGAACAGUACCUACACAUGAUAUUUGUGGUACAUAUAUAUUAUCUUCUCAACUUAAAUGACAUUGUUUUUGAUCAUUUUGACAAUAUAUCAACGAAUUAUUACAAUCCUUUUACGAGAAAUGCCAUAAUAUUAGUCUGCUUUAAAAACUGGAGGCUAACACAGACCAAUUUUCCAUACGUUCAAGCCUGCAUUUAACUAAAAGACGACGAGACCCGACAGUUGAUGCAUUAAACAUGUAUAUGUAUAAGCUUAAAGUAAUUUUGGUGCAUUUUGACACGUUGAUGGAUGAAGGGGUCUAACAUGCGAAAUUAUAAGCUAAGAAUCAUAAGUAAAACGAUCUUAUAAAUAAACUAGUGUUUCUCCAAUACAACUCUGAACCGUCUCAACAAUAUUUAGAUAUCUAUCCAUAUUAUCGUUUCAUUUUCUUCAUGUAAAGAAGAAAUAAAUAGAGAGUUGUCUUAGAUUGGAAUUAAAUAGAUUUGAGCUCCAAUUACUUGCAGAAUUUCCCAGCUGGCAAAUCGCUAUAUCAUUUUUUAGACAUAUUAUGAUAUGAGGGUUGAGCAUCAGUAUCGGAUAAAAGUAGACAUUUCCUUUUUGAACUCGAAGAGAAGUUAAGAUAGGAUUGUUCAAUUCUGACAUAGUUUUUGUAAAAAAAAAAAAAAAAAAAAAGUGUAUUGUAUAAAUGCGUUUUUGGUAUUGGACAUAAAAUAGUAAAUAGUGUUAUCGAACAUUGUAAUUUUAAAUGUUACUGAUAUAAGGUUGCAUUAAGUCCGCUAAAUGAGAUGGGAGCUUAUAGGUAGGCCUACUCCCAAAAGCCAAAUGCCACUUCUGUAUGGAGGAUUCUUUCACGAUUGCCUCCACCGCAGGAAAAUCCAAAUGCAUGCGAAACGGAAAUUACAAAUCCGAUGUUAGAGGCGACUUCACCUCAUUUAGCGUCACAGUCCUUCCUGAAGCAUUUAAACACCUGAACAACAAAACAUGGUUUGUAAGACAUCAUUUAGUUUCUAUUCACUAACAGACCUUCCUACAGGUUUGUACCUAUUAGUGCAUUUAAUUUGUUAGCUAUCAUAUAUCCUUAACAAGUGCCAAUUAUCAUUUAUUGUUUUCUAUUACAGGAAGAAAUAUUGCAAUUUAAUAUUGUAUUUUGAUUGCUUAAUUUAAAUUCAACAUGUUUUAGUGUCAGUUCUCGUUUAAUAUAUGUUUACUGUAUCCUAUGUCUCUGGAGGCCCACAUUUGUUAAAUAUGACGGUAGAUACGGUGACCGGUCCUAUGUACCGUGGUAUCGCUAUUGUUGUUUAUAAUAUUUUGUACUUUCUUUAUAAGAUUUUUGUUCGUGUGUAUUGACGCUAUUGAAUAGCUUAAACCUUGAACUUAUAUAUGUCCGCAAUUUUCCUUUGAUGAAAUUGUAAUUAUGCUUAAAGCGUUUACACAUGGAACAGAUAAAACUUACCCUUUUUAUAUUUUAAUUGCAUUAUUUAUCAUUCCUUGAUUUCUGUUGAUUCAAAAAAUGUUACAGAUUCUUAUGUGAUAUGUUACCAAAUAAAUACCUGUAUAUAAUUAAGGCAGUUCUACGUCGGUUCGUUAUAUUUUGCUUAUAAAAAAUACCCUUACAUGGAUUUAAACUAUGUAUAGAAACCACAUUGUUUAUUUAACUUGAUAUGUGAUUGUAGCACAUGGGAAAAUCAUUAAAAAAACACCUGGUGCAAUAGUUCAAUAAAAAUCCAACAGAAGAAGAAGCCCUAU